AUGACUGGGUGGGAUGUCCUUGGAAUAUCCCCGAAAGGUGAUUUGAAGCGCACUGUAGAAUUCCCAUGGUCUGUACACAUUCUGCGUGAUAAAAACGGGACAUCGGAAGAUUACACCUCUAACGACGACUUCGAGGUGUUUAUAUCGAUUCCCUACCUUGUUGCCCUGGAGAAGGGCGGCCAGUUCCCCUUCUAA